UCAACCGUCAUGAUUGGACGAAUAAGGUUAUCUUCUUUGAUUGGACAGGUUACCAUUGCCAAGUACACGUGUCUACGUCUGAAUUCAUAUACAAUCUUAUUUUACUCUACAAUUCUACUUAACAUAAGAUAAUGAGGCAUCACUUAUUAUUGCUUGCGUUUUUACUUAAAUUUUCUAAAAUUGAAGGAGGAUCUCAUCAAGGAUUCACUCCUCCUCCACCUUCACCAACCGGCGAACAUAAACAACCAGAUUAUAGCAAACCUCCCGAUCCUGAAGUUAUUAAAGCUAAAUUAUCUAAAUUAAUCGACGAACGAGUAGAUCGUAACAAAGAUGGUUACGUUACGGUCGAUGAACUACGCGAUGUGUUAAAAGAAAUCCAUUUAGAAGCCAUUGAAACUACACUAGAUUCUCAAUGGAGAUAUUUUCACCCUAAACAACAACAAGUUUUAACAUCCCCUGGACAAAAUGCAAAAGCUGUAGAUGUUAUAAGUUGGGAACUUUAUAAAAAUUUCACUUAUCCUGAUGUUUUUUUACAGAUGCAAAAUUCGGAAGACUUAGAAAAAAUGAAGGAAAUGAUUAAAAGACUGGAAAAAAGAUGGGCAAAAGCCGAUAGUAAUAAAGAUAAUCUAUUAACUAGGGAAGAAUUUAAAGAUUUUUUACAUCCCGAAGAAUCCGAUCGCACUAAAGAUAUUGUUAUAGACGAAGCGAUGGAGGAUGUUGACGUGGACAAAAAUAAUGAAGUAAGCUUGGAAGAAUAUAUGGAGCAUUCCAAAAAUGUUGCCGGGGAAGAGAAAAACGAUCCAAACUGGAGCCAAGGGCAACAGGGCCACUUUGUCAAUUAUUUAGAUAAAAAUAAAGACGGAAGUUUAAAUAAAGAUGAAUUUAAAGAUUGGAUAUUGCCGCCAUACGAUAGACACGAAGCAGAAGCAUGGAGGCUCAUAUCAUUAGCAGACCAGGACAGGGAUACAAAAAUUACUAAGCAAGAUAUAUUAAAUAAUUUCCAAUUUUUCAUGGCCCUGCAGCCUCCGGAAUUUUGGAUGGACGAUAAUCAAAAGAGACACGAUGAAUUUUAAAUAUGUUUAAGAUUAU